AUGAUCUGGAUCUGUGGAGUAGAAGUACUUGGAAUGAUGAAUGUUGUGUGGGGAGCAUCCCCGGAAAGAGCAGUAGCAAAUACAGAAAUAGGAAUUGAGAAGAAGAUGAAUGAUGAGAAAAUAAGAAGAAGGAUAAAAAAAGUACUUUAUAACUCUCCUGACAUAUUUAAUUAUCGGAAAAUGAUAUUAUAUCCAUUUGUUAUUCAUAAUGACUCAUUUUUAGUAUUCCCUACGACAAAGUACAACGAGAUAGAAAGUGGAAAACGAGAGUAUGUCAAAAAGAUUAUGAGGGAGAUUACAAAAGUAGCAUUGAAGUGUAUGGGAGUUUUGAAUACCUCGAUUUAUUAUGAAUGGAUUAAAAGCUUAAUAGAAGCAUUCGCCACGGCAAAAAUCCAAUCCGGGUAUUUUGAUUCGGUUUAUCUGUCUUAUGAGAAGAAUGGGACAUUUAGAGAUUUAACAAAGAGAAUAGUCAAAGAAUGCAAGAAAACACUUGAUGAACUUGGAGAAAUCCUUACGUCCAAGGCUUCCGAAGAGAUUAAGAAGAUAGAGGCCUUGCCUGACCCUGAUUCAGAAGAAAAUAAGAAGAGAAAAGAGAAAUUAAAGGAGAUCGAGAUACAUGGGAAAGUUAUUCGUACCAUCCAAGAACAAGACCAAAUAGUUAAGGGGAUGAAUAUGGUAUGCGAUGAGUGUUUGAAUCUCUGGAAAAGAGAAGAAGAUAUAAAAAGUUUUAUUUUGAAGCUUGGUCUGAGAAGGUUACAUGCCAAGGAAUUGAGAAUUAAACCAAAGAACUCGUAUUAUCAAUACAAAAGUGAUAUACUUUCAUUAAUAGGCUAUUUGGAUCAUAAUCUUUUGAUAAAUACCAAUAAAGAACAUGGAAGGGAGGUUGCAGCAGAGUUAGUAAAGGAAGCAUUCUUAGAAUAUAAAGAUGAUUAUGAGAAUGAAAUAAAUAGGAUUGUUCUUGAGGUUGAAGAAAGAAAGAAAAGAAAUACAGAUGAGAAAGAAAUGAAAGAAAAGGAAGCUAACCAAAAUGCAGAAGAGCUGAUGAGAGAAGAGGAAGAAGAAAAGAGAAGAAGUAAGGGAAAAGGGAAGGGAAAGGUAGUGGAGAAUAGUAGAAAGAGGAAGAUUGUUACAAAGGACAAGAAAGAAGAGAUAGAAGACAAAAAGUCGGAAAAGGGAGCAGUAGGGGGGAAAAAGGAAGAAAAAACAAAGAAAAAGAACUACGAAAUCCAUGGGAGGGUUUUCCAAUGGAAGAAGGAACCUGAAGUUAUAAAGAACAUCUUGGACGAGGGAACGGAACAGAAGUGGAGAGGACGAAGCAUUGAGGAAAUCAAAGAGCAGAAGAAGUUUCAUGACAUAGUGGAGGCUGUGGGGCUGCUUAGACAUGAAGAUGCAGACGACUUCUUCGAUCUUACAAGAAGUUACGAAGAAAGAGGAGUGAAAAGAGAAAGGAAAGUGGCUCUUGCAAUGCUUGAAACAAAAGAGUCUGGGAAGGAGAUAGGGAUAGUAGAAGUGGGGAUCUUCAGGGACGGGGGUAAUGAUGUAGUCUACCACGGAUUUGGGGGGCAGGGGUCCAUGUUGUGA